AAAAAACCACUUACAUCCACCCAUACACUAACAUGAAACAUUCCCCAUCCCAUUAUAUAUAGACGUUAUCAUAAACACCAAUCAGUUCAAAACAACUUAGAGCUACAUUCAUAGUACAUAAAUAAUUUCGUUUUCAUCAUCAUAAAUAACUUUCCACUACUAUUUGCUAAUUAAUCACAAAUUAAUUCCCUUCCCCCACACUAAACCCAUGGCCGACACUUUCCUCAUCACCACCACCACCACCAAACGCAACCGUCCUGACGACGAAACCGAAACAAAAAAGAAACUCAUGACACCCUCCCCACAAAACAUCUUCACCGAUCCAGCCGCCGCACUCGCCAGCACUCGUCAUGAAUUCGGCGAACACGGCGGCGUUAACAUGUCAAUUGAAGCCUCAGCAACUUUCACUGUCAUGGAACCAGAAACUCUCCGGCGUAUAUUCACAGGAGAGUUAGGUCCAGACAGUGAUUACUACGUUUACAGCCGUCACUUUAAUCCAACGGUGUUAAAUCUAAGCCGACUGAUGGCUUCUCUGGAAGGAACAGAAGCCGCUUACUGUACAGCAAGCGGCAUGUCCGCCAUUUCCGCUUCAAUUCUCCAACUAACAAAAAGCGGAGGACACGUGGUAGCUUCUAGAACACUCUACGGUGGAACUCACGCGCUUCUACAACACUUUCUACCACGCACAUGCAACAUAACAACAACUUUUGUUGAGAUUUCUGAUAUUGAGUCGGUUGAUGAAGCGAUUAUUGAAGGGAAAACGAAUGUUUUGUAUUUUGAAUCGGUUUCGAAUCCGACACUUACGGUGGCGAAUAUACCGGAGUUAAGUAGAAUUGCGCAUAAGAAAGGUGUUACGGUGGUUGUUGAUAAUACUUUUACUCCGAUGGUGAUUUCGCCGGUGAAGCUUGGUGCUGAUGUGGUUGUUCAUAGUAUCUCGAAGUUUGUGAGUGGUGGGGCUGACAUCAUUGCAGGGGCUGUAUGUGGGACUGCAAGCCUAGUAAAUUCCAUGAUGGAUCUCCAACAAGGUGCCAUAAUGCUAUUAGGCCCAACAAUGAACGCUAAAAUAGCAUUUGAACUAUCAGAAAGAAUCCCUCACUUAGGUCUAAGGAUGAAAGAACAUAGCAACCGUGCAUUAACUUUUGCAACAAGACUAAAGAAAUUAGGACUCAAGGUAAUCUACCCUGGCCUAGAAGAUCAUCCACAUCAUGAAUUAUUGAAAUCCAUUCACAACAAAGAUUAUGGGUAUGGUGGACUUUUAUGUAUUGACAUGGAAACUGAGGACAGAGCUAACAAAUUGAUGAGUUACUUGCAAAACUAUGGUCAAUUUGGUUUCAUGGCUGUUAGUUUGGGUUACUAUGAGACACUCAUGUCUUGUUCCGGAAGUAGCACUAGUAGCGAGUUGAGUUCCGAGGAAAAGGUCCUUGCAGGGAUCUCGCCUGGUCUUGUGAGGAUGUCAGUAGGAUAUAUUGGGACAUUGGAGCAGAAAUGGAACCAACUUGAAAAGGCGGUUACUAAACUUCAGGAAUAUGGGUUCGCUAAUAAAAAUUGAAUCUCUAUUUAAAUUAUGCAUGUGUCUGUGUUUGUAUUUUGUUAUAAAUGUUUGUCGUUGUAAUAUAAUGUGUAACCUAGUACUUAUGUUGAUGUAAAAAAAAAAGUACUUGUGCCUUGUGUGUGAUAUGAAAGAUAUUGGAUGAAAGUUGCCUUGAGAACAGGGCAAGCCGCAACAAGGUUAAGGGAUUGUGUCAAGUAAACUAGGCCUAAUAGUCGUCAUGCCUCUAGAUCCUUCUAUUACUCUACGAGUCGUCAAUUGUAAUGGAUAGGACAAAAUAAGCUGUCAUGUACUACCCUGAGAAUGAGGAAAACUGUUACUAGGUUUAUUCCUCUAUAUGUAUUCAGCAUCUUUUAUGAAAUAAAGCAUGAUGAAAUUAUGAA